AUGACCGGCGACAUCUCCCCCGAGCUCAAGAUCAUCAAAAGCGUCCUUCGCCAACGCCACCUCGAGCAGUUGAAGGCGCACCCCAGGCUCGUCGCUACGCCUGUGAGAGCGGGCCCGCCGCUGUACGCUGCCAAGGACGAUAUCGUCCAGUGGAGCGAGGAGAGCAAGGCGCAGAUCUCCCAGGGAAAGGCUAAUCGUGUCUAUGGAGGCCCGAUUGGCUCCCCACUGGACUUGAACAAUGCGUUCUUGGCCUUCAUGGAGAGCGCUACCGUGUACCUCCGGGAUACUUCGAAGGUGCUGGACGCGGUGCACAAGUACCAUGCUGGAGAUGUCAAAGAAGCCCUGCGUCUGUUGGAAGAUUCGACCAAAGCUAUUGAUGAGAUUGCCGCGUUGUGGGGUAUGGAGUUUGUUCAGAUCUGCGACUUACCCGAGCGCCACCCGGAUGGACACAGCUUCAUGGUGGGCCCCUACUGUGGUGCAUUCUUUCCCAAAGACUUUUCUGGCCACAAUCCGUUCAUUGGCAUUGCCUACAAGGGAACGAGCAAUUUCGGUGAAUUCGUGAACGAUUUGUUGGCAGCGAGCACUGUCAAAGCGAGCGGGCGUCUCUGGGACACGGAGGUUUGCAAGGGCUUUUAUUACCCACUCUUCUCGACAUAUACCUCGACGACCAAUGCCGAUGGCGCGACGUCUACGAUGCCUUUUGUCAUGGUCCAACAAGCUGUUAGGGAUCUCAUUACCAAGGCCACUACACAUGUCAUCACCCAUGUCACUGGCCAUUCGCUCGGCGGUGCCUAUGGAACUCUCACCCACGGCCAACUGUGCAUCGAAGGGUUCGGCGGAGCCGGCGCCACGGUAGGGGACCUCUACACCUUUGGUGGCCCGCGCGCUGGGCGCAGCGACUUUGCGACGCUCUUCAAGGCGAGCGUGGCGCCCCCCACUGACGAGGGCUCGACGUGGAGGAUCGUCAACUACGAGGAUUAUGUCCCCAAAGUCCCCGCGUCAAAGCCCCUGAUCCCUGUCAGCAACCCGUUUAUUCACGUUGAUGCCGGGGUUAUGGUAUACAAGGACAAGUUCCCGGUGAGUCUGCCCACUGAGCUGGGCACGAGGCCGACUUGGAGCGUUCCUACUGCGAUUACACCGCAUUAUACGACGGAGUAUUACAAGUCGCUUGUCUUUGCCACGACUGGCAAACCCCCUCGCAAGGCGAUUUUAGCGAGGCCAACGCACUCUACUGGUCUCUCGACCUAUAACAUGGCCAGGGUGAAGGAUACACUGGACACCGACACCCUCAAGCUCCUCACAGGCGCUGAAGUCUCCUUCGAGCCUGCCCACGGUGGGUUCGUUGUCGGCAAGAUCCGAUACAAACACUUCCUGGGCGAGAUCACUGCCUUGGGGAGCCUUCCUGAGGUAUCGGAGAACCCUCAGUUCUUCUGCAGCUCCUUGGAAGCGCUGUAUGGAAAGGAGACUCAUGCGGUCUUCUCGGUCAAGGAUGGGAAGACGGUGGAGGUUCGCUUCGUCGUGGACGAUCGAGAGGUUGCUGUUGCGCGGGCUUCGGCGUGCCAGGACGUUGGAGAAGCGCCCAUUCGAGGCGUUGGAAAUUGGACGUUCUAUGAUGAUGGAACCCUCGCCGCGUUGGAGGAGAACAUGGCCCAAUGUGCAGCGGGCGUGUUCCAGAAGGUCUGA